GACGUCACAAUCUUGCUACAAAGAUAAGCCAGGAGGUUUAAUAUGAAGUACAAUGUUCGUCCUUUUAAGAAGAGUGAUUGAGCUCAAGCACCUCCCAGCGCUGAACACUUGGAGGGUAACAUAACAGACAAGAGACACCUGGUACACCUCCCUCAUACACGCUCCAAGCAGAGCAAAAACUAUGAGGAAAAGCUGAGUCCUGCGUAAUGAAGGGUACUCUGAAAUAAUUUGCCUGCCGCCAUAAAAGCAGAAAGGGAAAAUGGGGCUGGCGAGUGAGGAUCUGCUGGUGACACUUCAGAUACUACCUGGCUUUUUUUCAAACUGUCUGUUCCUGGCCCUGUACGACUCCGUGGUGCUGGUGAAGCGAGUUGUGUCGCUGCUCAGCAGCUCCAGAUCCGCCGGUUCCGGAGAGUGGCGCCGUAUGUUGACCUCCGCGGGGCUCCGCUCCGUCUGGAACAGCUUUCUCCUGGACGCCUGGAAGCAGGUGAAACUUGGCUGUGAUGCACCCAACUCUAAAGUGGUGAAAGUGCCUGAUGGCCCUCGGUGUAGCAGCAAUAUCAGUAAUAUGACCAAUGUGCCGACUGGAGCCAGGAUCCGGAAUGGGGUGGAGUGCCGCCUUCUGGAUUUUGUGUCAUCAGACCGCCCUCUGGUGGUUAACUUUGGCUCAGCCACCUGACCCCCCUUCAUCAGUCACCUGCCAGCUUUCCGGCAGUUGGUAGAGGACUUCAGUGACGUGGCUGAUUUCCUGUUAGUGUACAUUGAUGAGGCUCACCCAUCUGAUGGCUGGGUGGCCCCUCCUAUGGGCUCUUACUCUUUCAAUGUACGGAAACAUCAGAACCUGGAGGAGCGGUUGGGAGCAGCACGCAAACUCAUUGAGCACUUCUCACUGCCGCCGCAGUGUCAGCUGGUGGCUGACUGUAUGGACAACAAUGCGAAUGUGGCUUACGGUGUGUCCAAUGAAAGGGUGUGUAUAGUACAACAAAGAAAGAUUGCCUAUGUGGGUGGUAAGGGGCCUUUUUUUUACAAUCUGAAGGAUGUGCGGCAGUGGCUGGAACAGAGCUAUGGUAAAAAGUAGCUGUAAUCAAGGACGAGUACAGAGGAGGACAUUUCCCUUGUUUCAGUUGGGAAAUUGUGUUUGAGCAUAAAAAGGCAGAAAUGUGAAGCAAAAGCACACCAGUCUGUUCAAACUGAGAUGAACAUGUGUAACAACUUGCGCUAAUGAUGCACAUGAAGUUGAUUGGAAGCAACAUAAGAAGGUGACAGUGUGUGUGCUUCAACUGUAUUUAUGCCUGUUUUUCAUGAUUUCCAUUGAACUUAAAAACCAAAUAACUGAAAUAGGGAAGAAAUCAGAAGUUCCUGUUUUAUAAAUAUGUUUGCUAAAGGAAUAGGUUUUUAAUUAUUUUAUGAAGAUUUUAAUAUUUGAAAUUUUUUCAGUGUGGUCAUAUAUUGUUAUGCACUGUGUCAACAACUUAAUUUUAUGUGUUAUCUUUAUAUACCCUCAUUUGACAGCUCUAUAGUGUUUUUUAUUUUUUUCAUUUCAUUUUCCUGCUUAUAAGAAGCAUUUACCCCCGUGGGAGUUUUCAUGUGUACAAUAGUGAAUCAACGUAGAUUUAAUGUGGCUUUUUGACAAUGAUCAACAGACAAAGACCCUUUAAUGUUAAAGUGAAAAUCUUAGUAGAGUAUUCAAGCCCUAUAAGUCACUGUUUGGUAAAGUUACAACCUUGAGUCUGUAUGGAUAGGUCUUGGUAGGUUAUGCUUCACUGGACACGGCUCUGUCAGGUUGUAUGGAGAUCAUGAGUGAACUGCCUUUUUCAAGUCCAGCCACAAAUUCUCAACUAGAUUCAGAUGUGGUUUUUCACUCCAGAAUAUUACUAUUGUUGUUUUUAAGCUAUUCCUGUCUAGCUUUGACCACAUGCUUGGGUAUAUUGUCUUGCAAACAACCCCAAGUAGGUUUUAUUACAUUCAUUUCAGCCUGCUGCAGAGAGGUAACCUCAGAGCAUGAUGCUGCCACUACCACGCGUCAUGGUGGGAAUUUUAUGUUGAUGGCAUUUAGAUUCUGAUUAAAAUCUUGAUCAUAGGUUGUUAUAAAUGUUUGUGUGGCACUGCCUGGUGAAUAUGGCUAACUUUAUCUUCUGUCAGUAAUGUAUGUAACAAGACAUACAAGUUUUUAAUGUGUCAUGUUCAUGGGCUGCUCUGAUGUGUAGUUUUGUGCACUUAUGUUUAAUUAUUGUGUGUGGAUUUGGUGUUAGAUCAGAAAUUCUCAACAACUUGGUCGUGCAGUGUUGAUUACUGGACUUUACCCCUUGCAAGCACAUUCAGUUCAACAGCGUCUCUCAUCAUUUCUGCCAAAUAAAACUGAUCCCCUCUGUCAUCAGUGUGCAGCGAAGACUUUACUGCCCUUCCCGACUAGACACCUUUGUGAGCCAGGUUUCUCCUUUAUGUUAGCGAUUAAACAGAAGGCAUGUACCAAACUCCCCACUCAGAGUAACAGUUAAAAAGUCCAUUUAAGGCCACGUUUCCACCGCAGGAACUUUCCCCCAGGAACCAGGAACCUUUUGAGGGAACUAUGCGUGUUUCGAUCACAGGAAUCAGUUUCUAAAUUUAGUUCUGAGGUAAUUGACUGAAAAAGUCCCUGGGCGGGGGGUAGUCAUUUCCAAAGGUUCAGGCACUUUGGGGGGUGUGGUCUGCAGUGAUGAACAUUUCUGACUGGUCGAGUACUCGUUGCAUCUUAUUUCACCCACCUGUUUAAAAGCUGCAGUGAGCGGGUGAAACUUUUCUAGUUUCCACACUGCGAAACAGGUCUGGGAGAAGGUAAAAAAAAAAAAAACUGACACAGGACUACUAAAAAUAAUGGACCACAAACAACCGGAGUGGCUAGGUCUCUCUCUCUCUCUUGUAUCUCUCUCUCCCAUCCCUCCUCUGCAUUUGACUCGUUAUCAACUGAAACCCCUUGACUAAACUCAGCUGAUCUCAAUGUGAUAUGUGACUUCUAAAACCAAUUUGCUGCAUCACUGAUGAGUUGUGCCCUAUUAAAGGGUGUCAAUACUAAUUCAAAAAUGUAUUUUGUAUUUUUUACUUGUAAUUCAUUUAGAUCAUUUUUUAGAGAUGUUUUUACUUUGACACUAAAGGGCCAGUGUCAAAAAAGCCACAUUAAACCGACUUUGAUUCAGUGUUGUAAAACUAUGAAACAAAUCAUUCAAAUACUUUUAUAGGCACAGUGAAAUACUGCAUGCAUACAUUUCAGGUAAUGGCAUUUAAUCAUAGUUGCACACUGUGUUCCAAACAGUGAGGAGGAAUGUGUGGGCGUUCUUUUACUUUGCAUGUAAUGACUGAAAGUACCAUGACCCUAUCUCCUAGAUGUUACAUGCAUUUAGAAGGAAACACCUGAGCUGAGGAACACCUUCUACUGACAUAGAAGUCAUAUGGAGGUGGUCAGGGAGAUAGUUGGACUGACACCAGUCUCCAGUCCUUAGGUUUAAGCUGCACAAACACUUCAGUUAAGGUCAGGGAACAAUCUGGAUUUGGUUAAAUGUUGAGUUUUUGACCAAGAUCACCUUUCCCCGGCUUUAACAAAGUAUUUUGAGUUGCCUAAACAGAAUCAUAAAACUGUUCAUCGUCUAUUAUGAAAAACAGUAAAGAUUUUCAGAUACGUACAAGAUGAACAACUGGCAACUGGCAACUUCCUCAUUAUGUUGAUUAAAAAAUAAAUCAGAUCAACAUAAUGUCUCUUUCAAGACAUUUGCUUUUGCAAAGAUUUCUAGGAUCGGGCACAGCUAAGCACCACCUCUACGCAUUUACAAUAAAUGGCCUAAAUAAAGUGCAGAGCAGGGUGAUCAACAUUUAGUAAAGACAAAUAUAUGAUGACAUGCAUUCCUAAUGGAGCUGCAGAAUCAUUUGCAAUAUGGUCAGCACUACUGCCAGAUAGCAAUUAAUGUUAGUGGAAAAAACCUUUCCAUCGGUAUAUGUGGAGUUACUUUUCACAACAGGAGAGGUGCUACAGUGAUGUUAGGUUUACAAUUUCUAAAAAGCAUUCACAAUAUAUUUGUGUUUUUUUCUUUUGUUUGUUUGUUUGUUUGUUUGUUUGAUUGUUUUUUUAUUUUUUACCUAAGUGGCUGCCAAACACCCCUCGAUCUAUUCAAGCUGUAUUUUCAUUCACAACCAAUGAUCAUUACUAUCUUCAUGGGUCCAAAAACUGUGGACCUGAUCCUAAACAGACACCUGCCACAACUACUCAAACCUGACAUGCACACACAUUUUCCAGGCUUCACUGAGCAUAAUGUUGGCCAUCCUUUAUAACCUGUAUCAUUAAGCUGCUUACCUACGAGUGCAUUCAUGUGACAGAGUUGGCAAUAACAAGCGUUGUAUAUGUCAGAAACCAUAUACUUAAUAUGGAAUAAGAUGAAACAGAGGUACCAAAAGGAAAAAUAGUUAGUGACAACAGAAAGUGAUAUUCAACAUGGAGAAAUGUAAACAAUGUAAUCACAGAACUAGAAAAGCAUAAGAAGCUUAUUAGACCGAUAGAUAGAUAGAUAGAUAGAUAGAUAGAUAGAUAGAUAGAUAGAUAGAUAGAUAGAUAGAUAGAUAGAUAGAUAGAUAGAUAGAUAGAUAGAUAGAUAGAUAGAUAGAUAGAUAGAUAAAUACUUUAUUUAUCCCAUUGGGAAAAUUCAUGUGUCCAUUAGAUCAUUGUUGAUAAUAAUAAUAAUAACACUUCAUAAUAACUAAACAGUAAUAAUUAGAGGCAGUGGGAACAAAGGAUCUCCUGAUACUUUAUCUAUAUUCAUCUCACUGCGCUGCAGUGAGAUGAAUAUAGAGUAUUUUUGUUGUCUAAUGAUGAACAAACUUGAAUAUUUGAUGCACAUUAAAAAGGUUAUAGUAAAAUCAGGCAGAAACAGAGAGGAAGAGAAAAUUAAUUAAAAUUAAUGUUGUUUUUUUGUUAAAAUAAAAGAAUGUUAAAGUAUCUGCACUGUCAGGAAUCCUGUCGAACUAAAUAAUCUUUGCACAAUUAAAAUACAGUUAUAAUCAUCAUUAUUAUUACAUCGUUAUUUAAUCAUUUGUUACAAGCUGUUUAAAACCAGGGUGGACACAUCUAUAAAACAUAUCUAUUAUUCCUUAUUAUUGUCACCUUAUUGUUAACUCUUUGUCUAGGGUGGUAUCUUGUAGGAAUGAUGAGUUGUUUCAGUGAUCUGAUUGGUCAGCAGUUGGGCUGUUGACAGGUUUUGAUGUGAUCCUCUGAAGUCACUGCUCCAGAGCAGCUUAACCGUGCAGCCAAGGUCACCAUGGUGAUUUACAGCACUUAAAAACAGCUUUACGAUACCAGAGAAUCUGAGUUAAGCCCAAAGUUAAGACCAGAGAUUAAUAGGUUAGCCCAAAGAAGGCUAACCUACUAAUGUGACUACUUUGUGAUACAGGCCCCUAUUCAAAAAGGGACAGCCCCAAAGAGAGAGAGCACCAUUUCUGGUAGUAGCUCUGGUAGUAGCUUGAUGGUUCACCAUCUGAUGAGCAGCAAUACACAUCCUAAAAAUCAAUUUAAAGUUAUGCUGUAGCAAUUAAUUCCAAAAGUAACUAAAGAAUUUCCUUGGACAAAGAAUGCUUCAUUUUUUAUUGCAGUUCACAUCCACAGAAACACACAGAGUACUAGGUUAAGGAUCUGAGUAGACCUUCAAAGACCUCUGCUUUUCAUGUUUAAAGAAUAGGGUUCAACAUAGAUGAUUUACUUCCAAAUGUGUUUUAUGAUCCUUUGAAUAUCCAAGUUGAAUGAACAUUGUUUAGGUUUGGUUUGUGUGGUAUGCUAGCUUUAAAGGACACACAGAUGGUUUACUGUGGUCAGUGACAAAGGUGUGAAAAUGAAAACCUUUGACGAAAGAGUCCCUGACUCAGUCUCUGGUUGGAUGUGAACUGCACCUGGUCAAUAUGACACAGAACCACUACAUCUGCUUUCAUUGUCAAUAUCUCUAUAACUGAUACAAGCAUCUGUUUUCCAUUUCAUCUACUGGCUUUUUCAUUGCUGCUUAGUGCAAUGUUUUAUUUUUCUAGUAUGUCAAAGGAGAGAAUUUAUAAGUGGAAAAUAAAGGACAGUGUUUGCUGCUGAAACCGUUUUA